CCGGCGCGCGCGCGCGCGCACCUUGGAAUCCGAAUCUGCACAACUCUCCGCCAGGCGCCUGUGCUAGAGGCCGGGAGACCCGCGCCCCCGUCGAGGUGGCUGCGACCACCCCGCUGCUCGUCUCCACCUUCAGUCACCUGGGUUUUGAGAGAAUACCUCACGUUGGACUCAGAAGCCAGAUUUACUGCUAGCUGGGAAGUGGAAUCAGGUGAGGACUCCUCUGCCGUGCACUGCACCAAGUCCCCGCUGUUGGUACCUAGGAGCCAUCGGAAUCCCUCCCCUGACUUGGUAUCACCAGGCUUCACCUGUGGCGUCCAGCCGGAGACCCUGUUUUCAACUUGGUUCCUGAUUCUGUUCUUCUACAGUAGAUCCACAGGCUUCAGUGACUCGCCAACAAUGUAAAUGAGCAAAAACAGGCCUUUGGAGAAGAAAACAAUAUUUUUCUACACUAACAAAAACAGCAGGGUUGUGCAGUUAAUACAGAUGCUGUCUAACUUUCUAUUGCUGUGGCACAAGAGUAUAAGAAAGCAUGGGAUUAUGGCAAUCACAGAGCCCCAGUGAUACAAGUUCCAUUCAGUUUUUUCUGAAAGAGAGCCGUCUGUCAAAGUGAAGCAAAGGAACUAUAGUGGAUUAUCAUGUUUUGAAGAUCAGGAUUUUCAGAGGUUGGAAAAUAAGGCAUCGUUUAACCUUGUAAAUGAAAAAGAUUAAGAUCUCAUGCAACUGCUGUGUUUUCUGGAAGCCAUUCUCCAAAAGGGAAGUGCACAUUUCAGACUUAGGUAUGAUGGUCCUUUCUGCAGGGAUUUAAGCCUGAUUGCUUUUACAUCAUGACCAGCUUGAAACGGUCGCAGACAGAGAGGCCGGUUGCCACUGAUAGGGCGUCGGUGGUAGGCACGGAUGGCACCCCCAAAGUCCACACAGACGACUUCUACAUGCGCCGCUUCAGGUCCCAGAAUGGCAGCUUAGGGUCCUCGGUCAUGGCUCCUGUGGGGCCCCCCCGGAGCGAAGGUCCUCACCAUAUAACCUCGACCCCCGGAGUCCCAAAGAUGGGGGUUAGGGCACGGAUUGCAGAUUGGCCCCCAAGAAAGGAAAAUGUCAAAGAAUCUAGCCGUUCAAGCCAGGAAAUAGAAACCUCAAGUUGCCUUGAGAGCAUGUCCUCCAAAAGCAGUCCUGUGAGUCAGGGAAGUUCUGUAAGCCUCAAUUCCAGUGACUCAGCCAUGUUAAAAAGCAUACAGAACACACUGAAAAACAAGACGCGGCCGUCGGAGAACAUGGACUCCAGAUUUCUCAUGCCUGAAGCCUAUCCUAGCUCCCCCAGGAAAGCUCUGCGCAGGAUCCGGCAGCGGAGCAACAGCGACAUCACCAUAAGUGAACUUGACGUGGAUAGCUUUGAUGAAUGUAUCUCGCCCACAUACAAGUCUGGGCCAUCACUGCACAGGGAAUACGGUAGCACAUCUUCAAUCGAUAAGCAGGGAACGUCCGGAGAAAGCUUCUUUGACUUGUUAAAGGGCUACAAAGAUGACAAGUCUGAUCGAGGUCCCACUCCCACCAAGCUCAGCGACUUUCUCAUCGCCGGCGGGGGCAAGGGUUCUGGUUUCUCCUUGGAUGUUAUAGACGGGCCCAUCUCCCAGAGAGAGAACCUCAGGCUCUUUAAGGAAAGGGAAAAACCACUCAAGCGACGUUCCAAGUCUGAAACCGGAGACUCGUCCAUUUUUCGUAAAUUACGCAAUGCCAAAGGUGAAGAACUUGGGAAGUCGUCGGAUCUGGAGGAUAACCGGUCGGAAGACUCCGUCAGGCCCUGGACGUGUCCAAAGUGCUUUGCCCACUACGAUGUCCAGAGUAUAUUAUUUGACUUGAACGAGGCCAUUAUGAACAGGCACAAUGUAAUUAAGAGGAGGAACACCACCACGGGGGCUUCAGCUGCUGCCGUGGCGUCCUUAGUGUCGGGGCCUCUGUCCCACUCGGCCAGUUUCAGCUCCCCGAUGGGCAGCACGGAGGACCUGAAUUCCAAAGGGAGCCUCAGCAUGGACCAGGGAGACGAUAAAAGCAACGAGCUUGUAAUGAGCUGUCCGUAUUUUCGGAAUGAGAUAGGUGGAGAAGGGGAAAGGAAGAUCAGCCUGUGCAAGUCAAGUUCUGGCUCCUUUAGUGGAUGUGAAAGUGCCUCCUUUGAGUCCGCGCUGAGCUCCCAUUGCACAAAUGCAGGCGUGGCCGUGCUUGAAGCGCCCAAGGAGAGCUUGGUGUUGCAUCCGGAUAGAGUGAAAAGACACGUUGUGGAACACGUAGAUCUUGGCGCCUACUACUACAGGAAGUUUUUCCAUCAGAAGGAACACUGGAACUAUUUUGGGGCCGAUGAGAAUCUUGGUCCAGUGGCUGUCAGCAUUCGAAGGGAAAAACCGGAAGAAACAAAAGAAAAUGGAGCUCCAUACAACUACCGAAUAAUUUUUAGAACCAGUGAGCUCAUGACCCUGAGAGGCUCAGUGCUGGAGGAUGCCAUUCCCUCAACGGCCAAGCACUCGACAGCCCGGGGGCUGCCCCUGAAGGAAGUGCUGGAGCACGUGAUUCCCGAGCUCAACGUCCAGUGCCUGCGGUUGGCCUUCAACACUCCCAAAGUCACGGAGCAGCUCAUGAAACUGGAUGAACAGGGGCUGAACUACCAGCAGAAAGUAGGCAUCAUGUACUGCAAAGCUGGACAGAGCACGGAAGAAGAGAUGUACAACAAUGAAUCAGCCGGCCCAGCCUUUGAGGAGUUCCUUCAGCUGCUGGGGGAACGCGUUCGGCUCAAAGGAUUUGAGAAGUAUCGUGCGCAGCUUGACACCAAAACUGACUCCACUGGAACCCAUUCUCUGUACACAACCUACAAAGACUAUGAGAUCAUGUUCCAUGUUUCUACCAUGCUGCCGUACACACCUAACAACAAGCAGCAGCUCCUACGGAAGCGGCACAUUGGAAACGAUAUCGUAACGAUUGUUUUCCAAGAGCCCGGAGCACAGCCAUUCAGCCCGAAGAACAUCCGAUCCCACUUCCAGCACGUCUUCGUCAUUGUCAGGGUUCACAACCCCUGCGCUGACAGUGUCUGCUACAGUGUGGCCGUCACCAGGUCCAGAGAUGUGCCUUCCUUUGGACCUCCCAUCCCCAAAGGGGUCACCUUCCCUAAGUCAAAUGUGUUCAGGGACUUCCUUUUGGCCAAAGUGAUUAACGCAGAAAACGCUGCCCAUAAGUCAGAGAAGUUCCGGGCCAUGGCCACCCGGACCCGCCAGGAGUACCUGAAAGAUCUGGCAGAAAAGAAUGUCACCAACACCCCUAUUGACCCAUCCGGCAAGUUCCCAUUCAUCUCCCUGGCCUCCAAGAAGAAGGAAAAGUCUAAGCCAUACCCGGGAGCUGAGCUCAGCAGCACGGGGGCCAUUGUGUGGGCCGUCCGGGCCAAAGAUUACAACAGGGCCAUGGAAAUGGACUGCCUCCUGGGCGUCUCCAACGAGUUCAUCGUCCUCAUCGAACAGGAAACAAAGAGCGUGGUUUUCAACUGUUCCUGCCGAGAUGUGAUAGGGUGGACUUCGACUGACACCAGCCUCAAAAUCUUCUACGAGCGAGGCGAGUGUGUUUCGGUGGAGAGUUUCGCUAACAACGAGGAUAUCAAAGAGAUUGUCAAAAGGCUUCAGUUUGUGUCAAAAGGCUGUGAGUCGGUGGAGAUGACCCUGCGGAGGAACGGGCUGGGACAGCUUGGCUUCCACGUCAACUACGAGGGCAUCGUGGCAGACGUGGAGCCCUACGGCUAUGCCUGGCAGGCGGGGCUGAGGCAGGGCAGCCGGCUGGUGGAGAUCUGCAAGGUGGCGGUGGCCACGCUGAGCCACGAGCAGAUGAUCGAUCUCCUGAGAACAUCCGUCACCGUGAAGGUGGUCAUCAUCCCCCCACAUGACGACUGCACCCCGCGGAGGAGUUGCUCUGAAACCUACCGCAUGCCAGUGAUGGAGUACAAAAUGAACGAAGGGGUUUCCUAUGAAUUCAAGUUUCCCUUUCGAAAUAAUAACAAAUGGCAGAGGAAUGCCAACAAGGGGCCUCAUUCACCUCAAGUCCCGUCCCAGGUGCCGAGUCCCAUGACCUCGAGGCUGAAUGCUGGGAAAGGAGACGGGAAGAUGCCUCCUCCGGAGAGAGCCGCCAACAUUCCUCGAAGCAUCUCCAGUGACGGGCGCCCGCUGGAGAGGCGGCUGUCUCCUGGUUCGGACAUCUAUGUGACGGUCUCAUCCAUGGCUUUAGCAAGAUCCCAGCCGUGUCGCAACUCCCCGAGCAACCUGUCUUCAUCCAGCGAGACUGGCUCUGGUGGGGGCACUUACAGGCAAAAAUCCAUGCCUGAAGGGUUUGGAGUCAGCCGCCGAUCCCCAGCCUCCAUCGACAGGCAGAACACCCAGUCAGAAAUUGGUGGCAGCGGGAAAUCCACACCCAGCUGGCAGAGAAGUGAGGAUAGCAUCGCCGACCAGAUGGAGCCAACGUGCCACCUCCCAGCAGUAUCAAAGGUACUGCCAGCCUUCCGAGAGAGCCCCAGUGGGAGACUGAUGCGUCAGGACCCGGUGGUUCAUUUGUCUCCGAACAAACAAGGGCAUUCGGACAGCCACUACUCCAGCCACUCCAGCAGCAACACCCUGUCCAGCAACGCGUCGAGCGCCCACAGCGACGAGAAGUGGUGUGACGGGGACCGCGCCGAGUCCGAGCUCAACAGCUACAACUAUCUGCAGGGCACCUCUGCGGACAGCGGCAUCGACACCACCUCCUACGGCCCCAGCCACGGCAGCACAGCCUCCCUGGGGGCGGCCACGUCGUCGCCGCGCUCAGGGCCGGCCAAGGAGAAGGUGGCGCCCCUGUGGCAUAGUUCCAGCGAAGUCAUCUCCAUGGCAGAUCGGACCUUAGAGGCAGAGAGCCACGGCAUGGACCGGAAAGCCGAGUCCUCCCUGAGCCUGGACAUCCACACCAAGAGCCAGGCCGGCUCGAACCCUCUGACAAGGGAGAACAGCGCUUUCAGCAUCAACGACGCUGCUUCCCACGCAAGUACCAUGAGCUCCCGACACUCUGCCAGCCCGGUUGUCUUCAGCAGCGCCAGAAGUUCACCCAAAGAAGAACUUCAUCCUGCCGCGCCUCCCUUCUCCUCCUCCUCUUCCUCCUCCUCCGGUCCUAGGACUUUCUACCCUCGCCAGGGCGCUACUAGCAAGUACCUGAUCGGAUGGAAGAAGCCCGAAGGAACCAUUAACUCCGUGGGGUUUAUGGACACAAGAAAACGUCAUCAGAGUGAUGGCAAUGAAAUAGCCCACACGAGGCUGCGGGCCUCAACCAGGGACCUCCGCGCGUCCCCCAAGCCAACCUCCAAGUCCACCAUUGAGGAGGAGCUCAAGAAACUCAUCGACCUUGAAAGCCCAACUCCUGAAUCGCAGAAGAACUUUAAGUUCCACGCGCUCUCCUCUCCUCAGUCUCCUUUUCCCACCACCCCCACCUCAAGGCGGGCCUUGCACAGAACUCUGUCAGAUGAGAGUAUUUACAGUGGCCAGAGGGAGCACUUUUUCACCUCAAGGGCUUCACUUCUGGACCAAGCCCUGCCCAACGAUGUCCUCUUCAGUAGCACGUACCCUUCUCUCCCCAAGUCUCUUCCGCUGCGGAGGCCUUCUUACACCUUGGGGAUGAAGUCACUGCAUGGAGAGUUCUCGGCCUCAGACAGCUCGCUCACUGAUGUCCAGGAGACCCGGAGGCCGCCCAUGCCCGACCCCGGCCUGAUGCCGCUGCCCGACGCUGCUGCGGAUUUGGACUGGUCCAACCUAGUGGAUGCUGCCAAGGCCUAUGAGGUCCAGAGAGCCUCGUUCUUUGCUGCUAGUGAUGAAAACCAUCGCCCUCUGAGUGCUGCAUCCAACAGUGACCAGCUUGAGGACCAGGCUCUGGCCCAGAUGAAGUCUUACAGCAGCAGUAAAGAUUCCUCUCCCACUCUGGCUUCUAAAGUGGACCAGCUGGAAGGGAUGCUGAAGAUGCUUCGAGAAGAUCUAAAGAAGGAGAAAGAGGACAAGGCCCACCUCCAGGCAGAAGUUGAGCACUUGCGGGAGGACAACCUGAGGCUGCAGGAGGAGUCCCAGAAUGCCUCCGACAAGCUGAAGAAGUUCACAGAGUGGGUCUUCAACACCAUAGACAUGAGCUAGGCCAGGACAGGGGGCCGCGGGGGCGCCCUCUCUGGCAAGGUCUUGUAGCCCCCAAGUUCCGCCGGUGAAGGCAUUCUCAGAGCCCCCCACCCAGCUCCCGACUUGGCCCCUUUUCGGGGAGUGCACAACACAACAACUGCAGAUCAACAAUCAUUGUCUGCCUUUUGUAGAAAAGAAAAAGAAAAAAAAGGUAAAUAAAAAUUUUAAAAAGUAAAAUAAAAGUUUAACUGCUAAAA